GGAGAUUAAGUUAUUAAUUCUCUUUGUGAUGGAGACACAGUAAGCUGUAUAUGAUGCUACUAUGUCUCCAUUGGGACACGUUUGUGUGUUCAUUGUUUUAUAUGGAGGGAUUGUUUCUUCUUAAUGUUUUGUUACUUUGUUUUCAUCAAUAAUAGCAUUGUUGAAUCCUCACACUUUGUACUCUAAUUAAAAGGUUACUGCAUGGUACAUACUACUGUCCACAUAUAUAGUCAAGAGUUAGAGAGGAAGUCUUAUGGAAUAUAUGUUGGAGGAUAUUGGGCACAGGUGCUUGUCCAACUUGCUGUUCUUGCUGGUGUGUUGGUGUAUUGUAAUUUCAGUUCCUGUUCUUUGUUAAUGAACGAGCAGAAGAUCGAUUGCCAGAAAAGAAUUCAUCAUCACAACCAUGGACUAAUUAAUGAUCCUAACUUUGAACUUGGUAGCCAUUCUACUCAUCAGCUCUUGGGUCUGCAACAACAGCCUUGGGACAUGGGAGUUUGGGUUCAGCAACCCACCAUGGAUCAGGGAGUGUCACAGCUUCAAAAUCUUGGGACUGAAAAUGUACCAAGUAGCAUUAUGAGUCGAUUUGAAUCUCCGGCUUCGGCUUUCUUUGCAACGGAAAGAUUCAUGGGAUUUCCUUCACACUAUGAGUCUCAAGAUGGUGAAAAUUCAUAUCCUCAACAGUUCCCUUCUAGCCAAUCUUAUGAAGAAAGUUUUCAAAUGGAAUCAUCAGAGGACAUCAGAAAUACCUUGCAAUCAAUUGUAAAAUCCCAAACCAAGGGCUCUCCAUCUUAUAAAUCCUCUGAGAAGUCUAAUCAAAUCCCAUGCAACUAUUUGUCAGGCAGUAAGUUCUUUCUGCAUCAACAAAAUACUACUGCCUCAGUUAAGAGACCCUUUUCACUUGCUUUCAAAGACAAUCUGGAACAAGGCUAUUGUAAUGUAUUCAGUACUACUCCGGUUGCGCAAGCGAGCUUCUUUUCUCAGCAAGCAAAGCAGUCUCCAAGAACUUCCUCAGGAUCUGCAUCUGCAACCUAUGGUGAUUCUCCUUCAAUUAGUCCAUCGCUCUCGAGUAAGACACGUAUACGAUGGAACCAAGAUCUUCAUGAGAAGUUUGUUGAGUGUGUAAAUCGCCUUGGGGGUGCUGACAAAGCAACACCUAAGGCAAUACUGAAGAUGAUGGGAUUGGAGGGAUUAACCAUCUUUCAUAUCAAAAGUCAUUUGCAGAAAUAUCGAAUCGCAAAAUAUUUGCCAGACUCAGCAGAAGGAAGAUCUGAAAAAAGAGCUCAUGUGAAUGCCGAACCUCAGCUUGACGUGAAAACUGGAUUUCAAAUCAAGGAGGCACUGCAACUACAACUAGAUGCCCAGAAGCAACUUCACGAACAACUGGAGAUUCAGCGAAGUUUACAGUUGCGCAUUGAAAAACAAGGGGAGCAGCUCAAGAAAAUGUUUGACCUGCAGCAAAAAACAAGUGAUAGCUUGUUAAAGACUUCAAACCUGGAUUUUAGAUGCCAUGAAGUUGGUCCAUCAAAUAAUGAAGUUCAAGUUUCCAGUACUGAAGGUUCUGGGAGUUCCCACUGUCCAUCCAAGAUAAGUUAGCCCAGAAAGCACAUCCUUAGGUCAUGUGGCUGCAACAAAGCUUCACAGAAUCAAGAACCCUUUAGAUGCUUCUACAAGGUGAAGAAAGAAAAACUAGCAGAAACUACACUAGAAGACGAUACGAAAAUCUCAUGUGUAUGUUGGCUGAUAGAAUAGAUGCUGCAGAAUGAUUUUUGUCAUAUUCACAUAAAGUUGUUUGGGUGGCGGUUUUGGUAACAAAUUAACAAUCACUUACCAACAUUUUCUCAUGCUUUCAUGCUCCUCAAGUUUUGCUCUAUUCAAUGAUGCUGAGAAACUAAAUAUUGAAUUGGUUGUAAAAGGAGAUAAUUCUUGAGAGGUGAUUGAUCGAUCACCUUCCAACAUCAGAUCAAUUGUAUCAGUUUCAUCACUUCGUAGAUACACAACUGCAUGCCUCAGUAGUCAGUUAUUCAGUUUUUUUUCGAUGACAAGUCAGUUAUUCAGUUAAUAUGUGCGAACUAUGUACAUCUUU